AUGUUAAACAACCACUUAUUGACCUUGAUUAUCGUAUUAAUAGCUAGAACAACCAAUUCUACUCAAUUGUCGUGUUCUCCAGGAUGUUCUUCUUCAUGUCUUGCUAAUUACACAUGUAAAACUUCUUGUGAAGAAUCAUAUGAUAAUGAUAACACAUGUGCUCAUUGUAGUGCAACUGACUUGAACGAUGAUUCUAGUCCUGUUUAUAUAAUAGACGAGGACAUGAAUUGCCACAAAUUUGGUAGAAAAGUAGCUAUGAAUCCGUUAUCCACAUGGCUUCCGACAGAUGAAUUUUUUGAUAUACUUCAUUUGAAUGAGACAACUACAUACACUAUAAAAGAUACAGGACUUGUUGAUUAUUCAUUUUGUUAUUACAGACAAAAAUAUCGAAUGGGUAAAUGGUUUAAAUUUGACUCAAAUGAGAUGACUAAAGACCAUUUUCGAAUUAGAAUAAAAAAGACAGACAAUACAGAAGUUCCAGUUGAUCUCUAUGUUGAUGGUUCCAAUUCUCCAUAUUACUCUUUUACUCCUUAUUGUUACGUUCACUUCUUUUUGAAUAAAUCAGUCACGGAGAACAUGGGAAUGUUUCCAGUUAGAAAGAAUAACGGACUGGAUGCAAAGGAUAAACAGAUUUAUUAUUUCUUUGCACAUAUCACCGGGUUUACAAAGAAAUUUACAUUUUCUCUUUUGAUUGAAGAGAUAGACGGACUUCAAAUGGAACCCAAUUUUGCAAUUACUCAAGAACAUUUCAAUGAACUAUCUAUUGAUUUGACCAAGAAGAAAAAGAUUGAAAUUCCUUUUGAACAAAUUGGGUUUUUCACCAAUUCAGCUUGUAUGCAAAAUGUUUUUAUGAAAGCAGUUUUGUUCACCUUACAAUACGAAGGAAGGGGUUCAGUUUUUAUUGAUACAAGGGAUGACAAUCGUAUUGUUUACAUGAACGAAUUAGAACUUGAAUAUGACGAAAAUGGCGAAUUCUCAAAGCGGUCUUGUGUUAGACUUAUUUCUGGCAAGAAAUUGACUUCAAUUGAACAAAGAGAAAAGGAGGGGGAAGUAGGUCAACCAAAUGGAGUAUAUAUUAAAGUUCAGGGUGAUGGUAAAAAGAGAUAUUUUUCAUUCCUUUCUGAAGAUUACAGAGCAGAAAUAACAAUGACGUUAUCGAUAAUAUGUCCAAAUGAUUGCAAUGAGGAGAGUGGUUUUGGGAGGUGUGAUCUAACUGAGGGAAAAUGUGUUUGUAAGGAAGGUUAUGGAGGUGAUGACUGUCAUUUGUUGUGUUAUUAUCAAAACAAGUGGCAAAUCACAGAUAAUGCCAAUUUAUGUUACUUUGGCUCAAGAGACUGUGACCAAUAUUGCAACUGUAAUAAUGGCAAAACAUCUUCUAAUCAUCUGUGUGUGACUUCUGAAUGUGCAAAAGGUAAACUCGGAAAUGGGGAUGAAUGUAUAAGAAACAGUGAAGGUUGCGAUAGUGGUUGUACCUGUCAAAAGUCUCUGAAUUACACAUCUAAUUCUGGAAUCUGUGUAAGUAAUCUUUGUGGUAAUAAUAAUAUUGAUGAUUACUAUAAUACAAAUGGUAAAUUUAUCAGAAAAGAAGAGUGUGAUGGUGGUGUAAAUUGCAAUAUCACGUGUCAAUGUCCUGAAGGUUAUGAGACAAAUCCAGAUGAUGAAUUGAGUUGUAGAAAGAAAGUUUUGGGCAGUGGGGCUAUAAUUGGGAUUGUCUUAGGUUCCACGGUCGCAUUUGUUGUUAUUUUGGGUGUACUUUUGUUUGUUGUUAUCUUCUUAUUAAAGUACAAGAAAAUCGAUAUCAAUAUAUACAAAACACAACAACCAAUUUAUCACUUCUAUAUUAACGGAGCAACAAAAUCAACCGGAAGUAAAUUUUCGAGAUAUUAUAUCAACCCAACUCGACUUGAUUUUGGAAAUGAGACUAAACUUACUUCUAUUAAUGACACGAGAUUCGAAAAAAUUGAUGUUAAAAAUUUAUCGAAAAACAAGUGGAUGAUGGUAAUAUUCCACACUACUAACUCUCCAAAAUACACGUUUUAUUUUGAGCCACAAGUUCUGUAUAUCCGCCCACGAAUGGCAUCAACAUAUACCAUGACUUGUUAUAUGACAAUCCAUUGCACAACGAGAAUCAGAGAUUUAAGAAUACCAUAUUCAGUCUGGUUUGCACAUUCCAAAAGUACAUUAAGUUCCAUCGCCGAUCUUUUAAAGAACAAAAGCUUUGAUAAUUGGACUGAAGAUGACAAGAAGAAGAUGGCUAUUUUGUGUAAAAACGUGAAAAGACGGCAUUACGAAAAUUUUGUGAUAACCACAGACGCAAUGAACACAGUCCAUUUAGAUAUGGAUGAAUUGAAUAUGUCUGAAACUCCAAUUGCAGAAGGUGCGAUGGGUAAAGUGUAUAUCGGCAAUUAUCGUAGUGUUCCCGUCGCUAUUAAACAGUUUAGAUGGGAGAGUCUGUCUGACGAAGAGAUGAAAGAACUGAAAAAGGAAGUUGAGUCUGAAUGUGAUAUCAUGAGUAAACUACGCAAUCCGUUUAUUGCAAAUUACAUGGGAGCAGUGACUUACGUACCACAAGUCUCGAUGGUCAUCCAAUUCUUUGUACUGGGAUCAUUGGGUGAAUAUCUCAGAAAGGAGAGACAAGACUAUUUAAAACUGCCUUACAAGUUAAAAGUCCGCAUGUUGUUUGAUACAUCAAAGGGAAUGCAAUUUUUACAUGAAAACAGAAUUAUGCACUUGGACUUAAAACCAGACAAUUUGUUGGUCAAUUCAUUGGACCCACAUUCAGUGUGUUCAGUCAAAAUCACGGACUUUGGUACCUCAAGAUUUGUCAAAAAGACAAUGAAAAAGAGAGAAGACAAAGGACUUGGGACUCCCGUCUAUGCUGCGCCAGAAACAUUCAGAGAUGAAUACACGUACUCUGGAGAUGUCUAUUCAUAUGGAAUUACUGCGUGGGAAAUUUAUUAUCAAGAAGAGCCCUACAAAGAACUCAAAUCAAUAUUUGAAAUCAAAGACCAUGUAGAGAAAGGGAAAAGAUUAAUUCUUGACAAAAACAUACCAACUGACUAUGCAGGACUCAUCCAGUCAUGUUGGAAACAGGAAGGAAGUGAAAGACCAACUUUCGAUCAAGUCACAAAAUUGGUUGUGAAAAUAGACGAUGAAGUUGCUUUACACAGUGGAAUAGACGAUGGUGUGUGCCAAGAAAAAAUUGACGAUUUUGCAACAAAAAGAACCGAAAAAAUGCAAAAACAAAUCAACGAAUUAUACAGAGAUUAG